UUGGGGGUGGAGUGGGGCUUUCUUUAUCUGUCGAUUGUGUGCCGUUGGUCUGGUUAUUUGGGCCCGUGACUAUGUAUGUUUGCUUUUUCUGCCUGUGCUUGAUAAUCGCGCUCCUUCACUUUUUUUUCCGCCAUGUAAUAAAUACCUCUUUGCCGCGCAUCUCCGCAAUCCCUUUAGUGUCCACUGUGCUCUAUCGAGACAGGCGAGGGGCACAUAAGGUUGAGCCAUACCGUACAGUACUAUACAGUUGUGUUGGGACAUGGCGAAAAAUUAGGAUUUUGAUUCUCCACACACAACACCACAUCAUACGUUUUGGUACCCCAUUCUGAGUAGACUUUUAUACUUUGCCUG